AGAGCCAACAUCAGCAUCAGCAUCAUCACCACCGUAAGACGGUCGCGACCGCCCCCUCUCUGCGAGGCUGGUUUGCGGCGCACUGCAACUUCUGCACACGUAAUCACAACAACAGAAUAUUUUUGUUUAUAUAUUUAUAUUUAUUUUUAUGUGAGCACCGCAUGUCCUCCGCCGACGAGUCAGAGAGCGCACCCGACGCGGCGGCCAUUGCAGCCCUCGAGCUGCUGGAGACGGCCCGAGCACGUCUGCACGACGCUCUCCGCGAGGCCGCUUUCGACCUCGUCGCGGCCCAGCGGGAAGAGGAGUCGACACGCGGAUGCCUUGUCUCCCUCGACGCCGUCCCUACACAAGGGAAUACGUUGACUCCGCUGCUUACCGUCGCACAGGAAGUAGAGGAAGGUAAUGAGGAGCCGCCGGUGGGGCAGGCACGCUCGAGUACGUGGGUGCUGACAGAGGGAAAAGGCGAGCGCAUCUCUGCGUUGCCGGCACGGCGGGCGGCUCCUAAAGCCUCCUCCGAGGCAGCAAGGAAGGAAACGAAGGAUGACGUAUUGACCUUGGUGGAUCCGAUUUAUUACUUUAGCGCAAACCCGUCCUCUGCUCUGCGGGACGGUCAAGCAGCGUAUCGACGGGCGGUGCAGUGCGUGGUGGAGGUGGCAAACGCGCAGCAGCGUGCGUUGGCGGCCGCUGAGGCGUAUGCGUGUGCCGAGAAGGCAGCAUCGUAA